AUGUUGCUAUGCGCGACUGCAACCCGCCUACUCGGAAGAGGGAAAACUUUGCUCCCUGAUCCGUUUAAGAGGAUCGCUAUGAACAUGUCGUCCUCCUCCGCCGCCGGUAAGAGACUGCGGGUCCUGGUCGACAUGGACGGAGUGCUGGCGGACUUCGAGGGGGGCUUCCUGAAGAAAUACAGGGCCAGGUACCCGGACGAGCCCUUCAUCACUCUGGAGGACCGGAGAGGCUUUUGGGUGUCAUUGCAGUACGGCCAGCUCAGAUCCGACCUAUGUGAAAAAGCCAUCAGUAUCUGGGAGUCCAAAAGCUUCUUCAUAGACUUGGAUCCUCUGCCUGGAGGAGUGGAGGCGGUGAAGGAGAUGGCCAGGAUGGAUGACACAGAUGUCUUUAUUUGCACCAGCCCCAUUAAGCAUUACAAACACUGCCCAUAUGAAAAGUACGCCUGGGUGGAAAAGCAUUUAGGCUGCGACUUUCUGGAGCAGGUCAUCCUGACCAGAGAUAAAACCCUAAUUGCCGGCGACCUCCUCAUAGACGACAAGCCUGACAUUCAAGGUGUGGAGUCCACACCAGUUUGGGAACACAUCCUGUUCACCGCCUGCCACAACAAGCAUCUGUCCAUCGGUGCCUCCCAGAGACGGCUCCUGUCUUGGUCGGAUGACUGGAGGGGCAUCCUGGACAGCAAAAGGAAGUGAGGGACGCCACUCAUUCCUCGGCAUCAUAGUAACCGGGGCAACCGGAAUGCAAGGCUGAUCGUCCCCCUGUUGAAGUUGCAACAACGUCAAUGGACCAGCAUUUCCUUCCCUUGUUUCUGAAGAAGAAAACUAAAGUCAGUUGUUGGGAGAGAAGAGAAAGUUCACUUAUUUCACCACCAGAGGGCAGCAUGACACAGGCCAACCACACUUCCACUGAACAACUCUAAAAAGCCGCAGGUCGAUUUUUUACAGGGCCAGACCGCAUUGAUGGAAGUUUUUGGUAUUGCUCUCUAUGGUUUCUAAAUUUGGACCUGUCUGCUCAGAAUCCAUCUCGUUUUGUUUUUGGCCUGCUGUAGUGGUUUAUUCAUAUGCUCAUUACAAAAGGCCAGUCCCAUAAACGUGUCCAUGCACUGUGAUUCACACACAAACAUCAGGGCGCUCCACUACACAGAAAAACCAACAAACAGAGCCGUAAGAGCUGGUGAACGUGAGCACAGGAGUGUGACAUCAGACCUGGGAUUACGGUAACGGUUAUAGUUGGUACUUCUUUUACCUCUACUUAAGUGAAACACCACUGUAAUGUACAGAAAUUUACAUCCACUCAUAACUGGCAUGCAUGUUUUACUUUUAAUGUUGCAUUUAAAUAUGACCGUAUAGGGAAAAAACAUUAAAAGUUUGGCACCAUGGACUUGCUUUUUUGAUAUCCUAUGUAAAUUAAGAAGAAAGAAAACCUCAUCUGAUUGAGGUUGAGGGUUUGCUUCUCAAGUUUUCCAAUUUUUUCACAUUGACCUCAAAUCCACAAUUAGAUGGUUAAGAGAUUAAUACAAACAGUUGUUCCAACUGGGAUGUUUGACGGCUGACAAAAUCCAUAAUAAAUUCAAACUUCAGCCAAAAAGAAACGGUUCAAAUUCGUCACUGAAAGCCUUAAAUGAGCGUGAAACCGAUGCCAGAGACGAAGGUAUGUAAACUUCUGACCACCACCACUGGAAAGACGGAUGAUCUGGAGGAAAGUUUUGUUUUUAUGCUAUUUAAAAACUUUGGUGCUCUUUAUUUUUUUUAGCAUUUCACAAUGAUCUAUGCAUCUCACUUCACCCACUGAGGGAAAACGUACUCGCACAAACAUGUUGCCAAAAACACGUAGAACAAAAAUAGCGAGUCAAAACGUCUGUUCUUUGAAAAGAUUUCCUGUUCUAAACUAUUAUAUAAAAUAGAAUUUUUAGAAAUGCCAAGUCAUUUUCAGUCAGAUGUUCCACAUGAAAUGUACUAUGUGUAUUUUUAUACUGUAGCGUGUUUACAUUCGCACAUAAAAGUAGAUGGAGGGCAGAAACUUUGACCUAACUGCAAAGUGUUAGAUUUAUUGAAGGAAGACCAUUUUUGAGUUGAAAAGCAUUUCAGAACGAAGUUGCCACAAAACAACACAAACCUUUUUUUUUACUUUACUGUUUUAAGGAGCUUGUUGCUCUCCAUCAUCAAAGUUUUUGAGAAGAUAUGGUCAUUAGAUUUGGGCCUGGUUCAAUCUCCAACUUCAAAACGGUUUCUGUCUCUUCUGUUUUAACGUGUUGUUUUCUCCACCUGAAGCCGGUGAAAAAUAAAUAAAGGACACUUUAACAUGU